GAGCUCGCGAGCUUCCGUCGGGGCUGUUGUCGUUCGAAGCGGAGCAGAUCGGUGCGACCGGAGACCGGGGCAGAAGAAGAGGAAGCCGCCGAGGGGGGGGACGUGAUUCACGGGACAAGUUAUCACCAAACUCACCAAGCGUUUCUUUUGUUUUGUUGGUGGAAUCUCUCCGCCGUCGCUGCCUCCGGAACAAGUGUCACCAGCAACAGACGGUUCUGUUGCGUCAGUUUCACAGCAGGCGACCCCCACCCCUCUGCCAAAAUCCGGCUAUUAGAUGUGACCACGAGGUUGAUUAGGAGAAGCCAUCAUGUCUUAAACGCAGACGGGCCCUCCGGAGGCCUGUCCCCCCACCCUGGCCCAUCCGCCCCCUCCUUCAUCCACCACCUCACCCCUUCUCCGAGCCCCAUCCCUCUGCCAGACCUCCCUGCAUAUGUCAGGGACAGGCUCCCCAACCCUGGCUCCCCACUGGCCCACCCUCCCCCUCCCUCAGGCGAGAUGAGCCUGCAGAAGCACCAGCAGCUGGGUGGUGGUGGUGGUGGUGGGGUGAUGGGCUCCGACCGAGACCUUCAGUCCACUGCUUCCUCCAUCUCCCUGCCCUCUGUGAAAAAGGGCCCGAAGAAGAGGCGCCUCUCCCUGACGUCUCUUUUCAGACGGCGGGGACGGGAGCCCAAAUCGGGGCGCCAGCGGUCCCGGGAGCUCCAGCAACCUGGACCCGGAGGCCUGGGUGGGGUGGAUGGCAUCGCCAGCAUCGAGAGUAUCCACUCUGAGAUGUGUAAUGAAAAGAACUCUGCCUUCAUCUCGGUGGCUGGGACCGGAGCUGCCUCUGCUACCGCUGCUGCUGCUGCUGCCACCUCAUCUGCCUCAGGGCCUUCUUCCUCUACCUCCUCGUCCUCCUCGUCCUCCUCUUCCAAGGUGGGUGGUGGGGUGGGGGCGGAGCUGCUGGAGUGCCCGCUGUGCCUUCUGCGCCACUCCAGGGACAACUUCCCUGACAUCAUGACCUGUCACCACCGCUCCUGCGUCGACUGCCUGCGCCAGUACCUGCGCAUCGAGAUCUCCGAGUCACGCGUCAACAUCAGCUGCCCCGAGUGCUCGGAGCGCUUCAACCCGCACGACAUCCGCAUGAUCUUGAGCGACCGGGCGAUCAUGGAGAAAUACGAGGAGUUCAUGUUGAGGAGGUGGCUGGUGGCCGACCCCGACUGCCGCUGGUGCCCCGCGCCGGACUGUGGAUAUGCGGUGAUAGCCUUCGGCUGCGCCAGCUGUCCCAAGAUCACGUGCGGCAGGGAGGGCUGCGGCACAGAGUUCUGCUACCACUGUAAGCAGCUGUGGCAUCCCAACCAAACGUGCGAUGCGGCGCGGCAGCAGCGAGCCCAGAGCCUUCACCUGAGGACCGUCCGCUCGUCGUCCCUCAGCUACAGCCAAGAGAGCGGAGCUGCAGCCGAUGACAUCAAGCCUUGUCCGCGUUGUGCUGCUUACAUCAUCAAGAUGAACGACGGAAGCUGCAACCACAUGAUCUGCGCCGUCUGCGGCUGCGAGUUCUGUUGGCUCUGCAUGAAGGAAAUCUCCGACCUGCACUACCUGAGUCCUUCAGGCUGUACUUUCUGGGGGAAGAAGCCUUGGAGCAGGAAGAAGAAGAUCCUGUGGCAACUGGGAACUCUAGUGGGCGCCCCGGUCGGCAUCGCGCUCAUCGCCGGCAUAGCCAUUCCCGCCAUGAUCAUCGGCAUUCCCGUAUACGUGGGAAGGAAGAUCCACAACCGCUACGAGGGCAAAGAUAUUUCCAACCACAAGAGGAACCUGGUGAUCGCCGGUGGGGUGACGCUCUCCGUCAUCGUGUCUCCAGUGGUCGCUGCAGUCACAGUCGGCAUUGGUGUUCCCAUCAUGCUCGCGUACGUCUACGGCGUGGUGCCCAUCUCUCUGUGCCGCAGCGGAGGUUGUGGCGUCUCGGCCGUGAACGGCAAAGGAGUUCGCAUAGAGUUCGACGACGAAAAUGACAUGAAUGUCGGCGGCGGGGCAGCUGCCACUGACACAACAUCAGUGGCCGACACCAGGAACAACCCCAGUAUAGGUGAGGGCAGCGUUGGGGGGCUGACGGGCAGCCUGAGUGCCAGUGGCAGCCACAUGGACCGUCUGGGAGCCAUCAGGGACAAUCUGAGUGAGACGGCCUCCACCACGGCGUUGGCCGGAGCCAGCAUCACCGGCAGCCUCUCCGGCAGCGCCAUGGUCAACUACCUGAACAGGCUGGAGGUGCAGGCGGACGUGCAGAAGGAGCGCUGCAGCCUUAGUGGGGAAUCCGGCACCGUCAGUCUGGGAACAAUCAGCGACAACGCUAGCACCAAAGCAAUGGCUGGAUCCAUUCUUAACGCCUACAUGCCCCUGGACAGAGAUGGGAACAGCAUGGAGGUCCAGGUGGACAUUGAAUCCAAACCCAGCAAACGACGGUACCACAGCGGCAGCAGCAGCGUAGACGACAGUGGCCACGUUGGACGCUGUGGCUGGACCUGCCCUUCCAACGGCUGCGCCUCCUCCGAGGGCAAAGAGACCAAGUGGGCCCGAGAGGCGUCCUGCUGCUCCUCCUCCGGCUCCGGGGGCAAGAAGAGCAAAGGCAAGCUGCGCAAGAAAGGCUGCGGCGGCACGAAGAUCAACGAGACGCGGGAGGACAUGGACGCUCAGCUGCUGGAGCAGCGCAGUACCAACUCGUCCGAGUUCGACUCUCCGUCGCUGAGCGGCAGCCUGCCCUCGGUGGCCGACUCCCACUCCAGCCACUUCUCCGAGUUCAGCUGCUCCGACCUGGAGAGCAUGAAGACGUCCUGCAGCCACGGCUCCGGCGGCGGCGGCGACUACCACACCCGCUUCGCCACCGUCAGCCCCCUGCCCGAGGUGGAGAACGACCGCCUGGAGACCUGCCCCACUUCUUCUUCUUCCUCCUCCUCGUCCUCGUCCCAGGGACAAGGAGCCGUGAUCGCCCCACACUCCCCCACCUCCACCUCCUCCUCCCUGGGCCACGGCGCCGAGCUCUCGCCGCUCUGCUUCAUCACGGAGGAGAAUGUCAACCUGGUGUGUCCCGCUGAGCUGGACGGCAGCACCGGGGAGCAGCUCAAAGAAACCAACAACAACAACAACCACCACCGACCGCAGCAUCCCACCCAGACCCAGACCCCCCAGCAGCAGCCCAAGAACUCCUGUAUACAGACUGACAUCUAGAAUCUCAAUACCUUAAGUGCUGCACAGACACUGUUUAUUUUCUUUUCUAAUUCAACAUCCUCUUUCCUCCACUAAAUUAACAAUCAGCUCACAGCCUGUUUCUCCCUCGUAAAGGGAACACGUUGCUAUUUUGGCGUCGACGUCCUUCAUGGUGUGUUGAAAGGUUUCCACCGGAGUGCAGCCACGUGAGGAGUGUGAAGGUUAUGAAUGCUGGUGUUUCUCCGCAGACAGUUUUUGACUCUGUAGGUUAUAAUAAUACAAAAUAAAAUAAAAACAACCACUGUGCCAGUUUUGCAAGUACAUGACUCUGGCUCUGUGAUGCAGAUGCGACACCACGCAGGAACCUUAACGCCUUCUAGCUUCAAACAGGGACCAGGCAAAAACCAUUCACUAUUUCCUCUUUUUUUUUAUUAUUUCUCCGAACAUGUGUCCGUCACAGAGGAGCCUUUGUGUUCUCGUCUGAAUUUAUUAUUGGACUCUUUUCUUUCCCCCUGGAUGUUAAAUCAAACAUCUGAUGUAUAAUUUUCAGGCCUGAGCUUCAACAUCGCCAAGCGUCUUCGCACUAAAACGAACUUGUAUCUUUUUUCCACGGAUGCACACGACGGCUGUGCACAGUCCCGCUGUGGGAGCUGGUGCUGGGCAGCCUGGUGGGACAACUGAGUUCUGACCCGUAGCCUGAACAACACCCUCGGUGCGUCUGGUUUAAGUUGCCGAGACGACUUUUGGAAGCUCCCGCUUUUUGUUUAGUUCUGUGCAAAAGAUUUUUGAUGUUAUGUGGGAGGGGGGAGGGGGGUGGGUUUGAGAGAAAAGGUCUCUGGAAGGCCACUUGUCAAGAUAUUAUAAUGGGUCGUUUUCUUUUGUUUUGUCCUUUUAAAAGGUGAUUUAUUCCUCGCUGAGUGAGAGAGAGAGAGCUUCGAUAUCUUUCUUUGUUCGACUCAUGGUGCCUUCAAGAAGCUGUUUGUGUUGUUUGUCUCUCUCUCUCUCUCUCCACUGUGUCUUCAAGACUCCAAACAGCAACUUAUUGUAGGCGACAGAAUGUCCGUCUGUGUAGAACAUACUGUGGUAGACGUGGUGAAAUGACAAAACCUUUUCAAUUGCCUACCAAAGACAGCACUCAGGCUCUUGUUAAAAAUCCUAAUACCUUUGACUUUUGUCUGCCGCGGCGGUGAAUCCUCUGGACACCGAGGAGACGGAGAUGACGAGACGAGACCCGGGGUCACGCGGACGCGCCGAAACACGCGGCUGUUUUUUUCCCCAGUACACGCUACUUCACUUAAACGCUACGCAAAUGCCGGAGGCCGCGGCGCGACGGGCCGGAGGCUCCUGCACUGUUAACUGUGUUUCUUAUCACGUUGUAUGUUCUGCGAAUGCACAAGGUUUAAACACGGGCUACGUGGGUCCGUUACGGGGUUACCGUCCCUCGCCCUGUUGAUUCUCCCCUGUGAUUCCUCUUGAUCCAAAUCGGUGCUGCCGAGCAGACUUGAAGUCAGAUUCUGUUUCCAGCACUUUUUCCUUUUCAGAGUGUUUGUGUUUGCGGUCGGCGUCGUCAAGGCCGCGGAGGUCGGCUCAGGUGAAACCUCUGACCAGGUGAGGUCAAAGCAUCCACCCGGGGGCCCGUUACUGAACCAACACUCGGGCUUCGUGCUUCAGUCCCUCGGCGCGUUGAAGCAAAAAUGUUUCUUUUGGAUCUUCUUUCCAUCCCGGGUUCUUGUUUUUCCAUUAUUUUUUUUCAUUCUUCACCGAGACUCUUCUUCAUCCUUAUUUGAAAAACACUAGUGCCAGGUUUAAUUUGUAAUUUGUGCAGAGUGGCAUAAGGUAUUUGUAUAUUUGUUUGGUAAUUUGCUUUACUGUAUGCGUGUAAAUGCAUAUCAGAAAAAUUAAACAAAAAAAAUGAUAUAUACGAAA